GUGUUGUGUGUCGUUAACGACUAACGAGUCUCAUUAAGGUGAAGCUUGCGCUUCUUGUUCUGGAGCUUACCUACGUUGCUUCUAACUCCUUCUCUCGUGGCCAAUCUUUGUUGCUUUGCGCGUUAAAAUUGUGCACUCUCUAGUGUAAAAGGGAAGACGGUGACACAGAACAGAACCUAGCUAGUAGUUUCAAGAGAGAGAGAGAGAGAGAGAAGGGUCAUUUCAUAUAUUUUCAUUGCUUGUGGCGUUUACCAUCUUUCAAUAUUCAACACCUCAUUUUUCUCAUGCGUGCAAGCCAUUCUCAUAUCUCAACCCACCCACAUUUCUUGGUUCUUAACCGCUUUAUUUGCCUUUAAGAUUCUGCAUUCCCUCUUCCACCUCAACUUCUUUCCUUCUUCUCCCUUUUCUCUCCCAAACAAACCACCCUUUAGCUCCAUCGCUUUUCAUUGUCCUUGUCUUGGAUUCCUCGUCUUCAAUCACUUUCAAAGAUCAUUAGCAAAAUGGGGAGUCAUAUGAGCAAGAAGAUCCCUGAAACUUCUUCUUCUAUUGGCUUCGGCACCGAAUUGCACUAUAAAACUGAGUUGAGUUCAUAUGAGGCUGCUUGCAAGCUUGAUUCUGAUUUGCAGUCCUUUGACACCACACUUCAAGCUAGAACAAACCAGGUUAUCAACACUCUUGCUGUUGGUGUUGAAGUUCGGGCCCUUUCAUUUGAUUCUCUAAAACAAAUCACAGAAUGCCUUCUUGAGAUGAAUCAGGAAGUUGUCAAGGUAAUCUUGGACUGCAAGAAAGACAUAUGGAAGAGCCAAGAAUUGUUUGAACUGGUUGAGGAGUACUUUGAGAAUAGUCUCCAAACUUUGGAUUUCUGCACCACAUUGGAGAAGUGCCUAAAGAGAGCUCGUGAUAGCCAAUUGCUUAUCCUUGUGGCUCUUCAACAAUUUGAGGAGGAAUCAGGAUUAGGAGACAACCGCUAUGUGAGGACAUUGCGAGAGUUUAAGAAUUUCAAGGAAGCUGGUGACCCUUUCACUGAGGAAUUCUUCCAGAUCUUUCAGUCUGUUUAUAGGCACCAGAUACUCAUGCUUGAAAAGUUGCAACUAAGGAAGAACAAGCUUGAUAAGAAGCUAAAAUACAUCCAUUCUUGGAGGAAAGUUUCAAGUAUGAUCUUUGUGGCUACUUUUGCUGCAGUCUUGAUCUGCUCGGUUGUAGCAGCAGCUAUUGCAGCACCGCCUGUUGCUGCUGCGAUUGCUGCUGCUACGUCGAUCCCAAUAGGAUCAAUGGGAAAGUGGAUCGAUUCCCUCUGGAGGAACUAUGAAAAUGCAUUGAAAGGGCAGAAGGAAGUGAUUAGCUCAAUGCAGGCUGGUACUUAUGUUGCUAUAAAGGACUUGGACAACAUUCGAGUUCUAGUUGAUAGACUAGAAAUUGAGAUUGAAUCUCUAUUGCAUAAUGUGGAUUUUGCCAUAGAGGAACAAGCUGUGAAAGUUGCCAUAGAGGAGAUCAAGAAGAGGCUAGGAGUGUUUAUGAAGAAUGUUGAAGAUUUAGGAGUUCAAGCUGAUAUUUGUAGCCGUGACAUAAGGAGGGCAAGGACUGUGGUACUGCAGAGAAUCAUAAAGCAUCCCCAGAAUUAAGACAAUCUCAUUCUCAUGCAUGUCUAAUCUGCCAGUAACUGUUUGAUGAAUCGGAGAAUACAUGAAAUUUCUUGUUUCAUGGGUUCGUGUUGAAGAUAAUAACCGGGCAUAUUUGAUAUGUCUCGACGCUGGCAGCUGAUUUUUUUAUUCUUUUCAUUAUUUCAUACAAUAGUGCACUAAUGUAUAUAUUUCAUUUUUAUGAUUUCAUUUGGUUUUUAGUUUUCUGAGUUGAGACUAGUUUGAGUCUUCAUAUCUUGAAAAAUAUACAUUAAAAAUUCAAUAAAAAAAAUCUUCGACACA